AUGCAUGAAAAUAGAAGGCUCUCCUACCCAAAGGGGAAGCAGCGUCUGAAGCUCAGCCCGCUGGACGUGAAGCUCAUCUUGUGGCUAAUUGUCCAGAUCAAGCCGUUCAAGUACGUGGGAGACCGCACGCUGAGCCAGAGCAAAAAAUGGGACUUGAUCCAGCAGCGUUUUGAGGCCGAGAGAACGAAGCUGGCCGACAACUUGGUGGUGCCCACGGUUCGAACGUUGCAGAGGCAAAUGGCGGCGGCGUUGAGAAAAGCCCGAAACCGGCGAGUGCCUGCCGACUACACGCCGUUUUCUGUGUUUGAAACGCUUCGGGUGACGCUGCCGCUCGCCGACUUGGAGUUGGCGGUUUUGGAGCUCCACAAUCUCAGCGAAGCGUUCAAAAACGGGCAGAUGGUCGGGCUGAUCCCGCCCCACAUCAAGCGGGAGUUUGAUCCGCAUCAGAUGGACGUGGAGCCCGGGGCCCGAAGGCGGCGGUUUCUGCUGAAUGCGUCGCUGGCGUCGUUUUCGAGUUACGACUCGGACAAGGCCGAGGAAACGGCGCUGAUUUUGCGGCGCAUGAUCAACGAAAACAGACGGUUCCACGAGGAGAUGAUCGGGUUGAUGCUGCAGCACGCCACGGCGAUGAGCUCAGAGCUCCAGCGGCUUUUGGAUGUUGUAGAGGAGUCAAAACUGGCCGCAGAGCUGGAAAGAGAGGAGGAAGAAGAGGAGGAAGACGAAGAGGGGGAAAAAGGCGAGGAAAUGGAGAUCGAGGAGGCAAAGAAGGAGCCGCCAGAGCAGCCAGAGCAGCCAGAGCAGCCAGAGCAGCCAGAGCAGCCAGAGCCCCCCAGGAGCGAAAAGAGGUCGACGUUGCGAGACGUUUUGAACCAGGAUACUUAG